GGGCGGGGCCGGGCCGAGCCAGGGGCUGGGGCCCCAGCUGCUCAGCCCGAGCGCUGCGCACCCAGCGGGUCCGCUUGUCAGGCUGCCGCCUCUCUGACCGUCUGGCUUUCCGCCCUUCGACGCUCUGCCCUUCCUCAUGUUGGCACCCCCGGCCACGGAGACCGCCGUCCCAAUGUCCCAGACUGAGGCCGACCUGGCCCUCCGGCCCCCGCAGCCUCUUGCCUCCACGGGGCCGCCCCGCCCCGGGCCCCAUCCCCGCCGAGCUCGGCGCUUCUCCGGGAAGGCAGAGCCCCGGCCGCGCUCUUCUCGUCUCAGCCGCCGUAGCUCAGUCGACUUGGGGCUGCUGAGCUCUUGGUCCCUGCCAGCCUCACCCUCUCCGGAACCCCCCGAUCCUCCGGAUUCCGAUGGUCCUGGCCCCACGAGGAGCCCACCGCCUGGCUCCAAAGAACCCUCUGAGGGCACGUGGGCCAAGGGAGCCCCUGUGAAGGCUGCAGACUCCUCGCGUCCCGAGCUCCCAGACUCUGCAGUGGGUCCGGGGUCCAGGGAGCCGUUGAGGGUCCCUGAAGCUGUGGCCCUAGAACGACGGCGGGAGCAGGAAGAAAAGGAGGACAUGGAGACCCAGGCUGUGGCAACGUCCCCCGACGGUCGAUACCUCAAGUUUGACAUCGAGAUUGGACGUGGCUCCUUCAAGACCGUGUAUCGAGGGCUAGACACCGACACCACAGUGGAGGUGGCCUGGUGCGAGCUGCAGCCCUCCCGCCUUCAGUCUGGAUCUAGCAGUUCCCGGUUUCUGGGGCCAACCCCCUUGCCGGCCCCAAUUCCCUGCCAGCGGUCUCCUGCUGCCCGCCUGCUGCCUGCUCUCUGCCAUCCCCCGGGCGCCCCCUCCCGCCCCAUGGCCGGUCUGGGCAGCCACAAAGGCACUAUUGAGCUCAGGGCUCCCGGAUGGGGCUGCAUAAAGGCGCUUGUGUCCAGCAGGGGGUCUAGGGGGCUGCCCCAGGCCCAGACUCGGAAACUGUCUAGAGCCGAGCGGCAGCGCUUCUCAGAGGAGGUGGAGAUGCUCAAGGGGCUGCAGCACCCCAACAUCGUCCGCUUCUACGAUUCGUGGAAGUCGGUGCUGAGGGGCCAGGUUUGCAUCGUGCUGGUCACCGAACUCAUGACCUCGGGCACGCUCAAGACGUACCUGAGGCGGUUUCGGGAGAUGAAACCGAGAGUCCUUCAGCGCUGGAGCCGCCAAAUCCUUCGGGGGCUUCAUUUCCUACACUCCCGGGUUCCUCCCAUCCUGCACCGGGACCUCAAGUGCGACAAUGUCUUUAUCACGGGCCCUACUGGCUCUGUCAAAAUCGGGGACCUGGGCCUGGCCACACUCAAGCGCGCCUCCUUUGCCAAGAGUGUCAUCGGGACCCCGGAAUUCAUGGCCCCUGAGAUGUAUGAGGAAAAGUAUGAUGAGGCCGUGGACGUGUAUGCAUUUGGCAUGUGCAUGCUGGAGAUGGCCACCUCUGAGUACCCGUACUCCGAGUGCCAGAAUGCCGCGCAAAUCUACCGCAAGGUCACUUCGGGCACAAAGCCGAACAGCUUCUACAAGGUGAAGAUACCCGAGGUGAAGGAGAUCAUUGAAGGCUGCAUACGCACGGAUAAGAACGAGAGGUUCACCAUCCAGGACCUCCUGGCCCACGCCUUCUUCCGUGAGGAGCGCGGUGUGCACGUGGAACUAGCGGAGGAGGACGACGGCGAGAAGCCAGGCCUCAAGCUCUGGCUGCGCAUGGAGGACUCGCGGCGUGGCGGGCGCCCACGGGACAACCAGGCCAUCGAGUUCCUGUUCCAGCUGGGCCGGGACGUGGCCGAGGAGGUGGCACAGGAGAUGGUGGCUCUGGGCUUGGUCUGUGAAGCCGAUUACCAGCCAGUGGCCCGUGCAGUACGAGAACGGGUUGCCGCCAUCCAGCGAAAGCGUGAGAAGCUGCGUAAAGCUAGGGAACUGGAGACACUCCCACCGGAGCCAGGACCUCCACCAGCAACUGUGCCCAUGGCUCCCCAUCCCCACAGUGUCUUCCCUGCUGAGCCUGAGGAGCCAGAGGCAGACCAGCACCAGCCUUUCCUUUUCCGCCACGCCAGCUACUCAUCUACCACCUCGGAUUGCGAGACUGAUGGCUACCUCAGCUCGUCCGGCUUCCUGGAUGCCUCAGACCCUGCCCUUCAGCCCCCUAGGGGGGUGCCAUCCAGCCCAGCUGAGUCCCAUCUCUGCCUGCCCUCGGCUUUUGCCCUAUCUAUUCCACGUUCUGGCCCUGGAAGUGACUUUUCCCCUGGGGACAGCUAUGCCUCAGAUGCAGCAUCAGGCCUUAGCGAUGUGGGAGAAGGGAUGGCACAAACGAGGAGACCCCCAGGGAGGAAUCUCCGGCGCAGACCCCGAUCCCGGCUUCGGGUCACUAAUGUCUCAGACCAGAAUGACAGAGUGGUUGAGUGCCAGCUACAGACCCACAACAGCAAGAUGGUGACCUUCCGAUUUGAUCUGGAUGGGGACAGCCCAGAAGAGAUCGCAGCUGCCAUGGUGUAUAAUGAGUUCAUUCUGCCCUCGGAGCGAGACGGAUUUCUCAGACGGAUUCGGGAGAUUAUCCAGAGAGUGGAGACCCUGUUGAAGAGAGACACUGGCCCCGUGGAGGCUGCUGAAGACACCCUAUGCACCCAGGAGGAGCCAGCACCAUUACCUGCCCUGCCCGUCCCCCUCCCAGACUCAUCCAACGCAGAGCCCCAGAGCAGCAACUCCCUGGAGCACAGGAGCUGGGCAGGCUUCUCUACCUCCUCAUCUUCUGGAACUCCAUUGUCUCCUGGAACCCCUGUUUCCCCAGGUCCCAUCUUCCCCAUCACUUCUCCCCUAUGUCAUCCCAGCCCCUCCCCAUUCUCCCCCAUUUCUUCCCAGGUCUCAAAUCCCGUUCCCCAUCCCCCCUACUCUCCACUUCCAUUCUCCAGUGCACCCGAGUUUCCAGUCCCACCCUCUCAGUUUCCCCAGAGUUCUCUCCCGAGUUCUCCACCUGCAUUCUCUCCCAGUUGUUCUCAGGUCACUCUUAGUCCCCAUUUUGUUCCCCUGUGCCCCUCCACUUCUUCCCUCCCCUCCACCACAGCAGCCCCUCUCCUCUCUCUGGCUAGUGCCUUCUCACUGGCUGUGAUGACUGUGGCCCAGUCCCUGCUGUCCCCCUCGCCCGGGCUCCUUUCCCAGUCUCCUCCAGCCCCUCCUAGUCCCCUCCCUAGCCUGCCACUUCCCCCUCCCCUUGCUCCUUGUGGCCAGGAGAGCCCUUCACCCCACACAGCUGAGGUGGCGAGUGAGGCCUUGCCAACUCCUGCUCGGCCCCUCCCAGGUGAAGCCAGGCUGGCACCCAUCUCUGAAGAGGGAAAGCCACAGCUUGUUGGGCGUUUCCAAGUGACUUCAUCCAAGGAACCGGCUGAGCCUCUUCCCCUGCAGCCAGCAUCCCCCACUCUCUCCGGUUCUCCGAAACCUUCAACCCCUCAGCUCACUUCAGAGAGCUCAGAUACAGAGGACAGUGCUGGAGGCGGGCCAGAGACCAGGGAAGCUCUGGCUGAGAGUGACCGUGCAGCUGAGGGUCUGGGGGCUGGAGCUGAGGAAGAAGGAGAUGAUGGGAAGGAACUCCAAGGUGGGGGCAGCCCCCCACCCCUGAGCCAACCCAGCCCUGUGUGGAUGAACUACUCCUACAGCAGCCUAUGUCUGAGCAGCGAGGAGUCAGAAAGCAGCGGGGAAGAUGAAGAGUUCUGGGCUGAGCUGCAGAGUCUUCGACAGAAGCACUUAUCAGAGGUGGAAACACUACAGACACUACAGAAAAAGGAAAUUGAAGACUUAUACAGCCGACUGGGGAAGCAGCCUCCUCCGGGUAUUGUGGCCCCAGCUGCUAUGCUGUCCAGCCGCCAGCGCCGCCUCUCCAAGGGCAGCUUCCCCACCUCCCGCCGCAACAGCCUACAGCGCUCUGAGCCCCCAGGCCCUGGCAUCAUGCGAAGGAACUCCCUGAGUGGCAGCAGCACCGGCUCCCAGGAGCACCGGGCAAGCAAGGGGGUGACAUUCGCCGGGGAUGUUGGCAGGAUGGUGAGGGCGGGCCCAAGGGAGGGAGAGCCCAGGGAAUGGUACCUGGCUGCAACUUUGCUUUCUUCCCACCUUGGAGGUUUCUCCAUCACUUUUUCUUUUCCCUCCAGUGAAUUCAGAACAGAAGCCAUGUAUCUCCCUCACACCAGGGCCCACCAUGGAGCCUGUGUUCUCAGAAUCUGAUGCUUUUCUGACCAACACAACUGAGCAAGGAAGAUCCCAGCACUGAGCGGGUAGAAGGCCAGGGGGGCAUGGAGAGUGCAGCUCCAUUAUAGUGAAGAGCCAAACAUAUGUGAACUGUUUGCUGUGUGGAGGUGUCAGUUCUGCAGCCUACCAUCUUCAUCUACCCCCUCUCCUGCCAAGAGUCAACCACUAAGCAAUCCCACCCAAUCCCAGAUGCUUCUAAAGGGGCCUACUCCCAGCUGGGGGAGUGCAGGGGAUAUGCUCACACCACAUUAGCAGCAGCCAAUAAAAAUGGUGGAAACAAG